UUUAAAUAUCAACUUCGUCGGCAUUAAUUUAUCUUCUAGAUAAAUAUGUAAAGUGUUCAAUUUUGCACUGACUAAUGCAGUAGAUUUGACAUAUCCAUUUUAUUUUUUGAGUUUCUUUGAAUAUGGCUUCAGAUCAGUUGGCUGUUGUUUUUAAUUGUUUAAAACAUAAGAAUAAAGAUAAUAAUUCUGAUGAGCGUAAUUUACACAAAUGGGAAUAUAAUUUGAAAAAUAUGUCGGUUAAACAGAAUCCCAAGAUGUUUGUUGAUAAUACUGUGCAGUUUAUGGAAUCCAUUUACGCAUUGGCUUCUUCCAAAUCAUAUACGGAUCAAAUAUUCUUGUCGAGGAAGCAUUUAGGAACUUUAAUGAAUAAAUUUACUGAUGAAACAAUGGAGAUAUUCAUAAAAUAUUUAAUCCCAUGGAUUAUUGAAAAAAUAAUAGAUGGAAAUAGAAGUGGUUGGUGCAUAAAAAAAGAACAUCUAAAAUGUGUUAAUACUCUUUUACCUAAAAUCAUGAAUAACAUAUAUUUUAUGGGGAUAUUAAUCAAGGAAAUUUCACCAGUCUAUAUAUACAAACUGAUAGAAAGCUUACAUGUUUAUGGUGAUUUUGAUUUGCAAAUUAUGAUUUUAAAAACAAUUUUUUCUGUAUAUGGCAAAAUAAGAAUUAUUGCCAAUUUAAAGCAAAUAAUGCCAGAUUUGAUUGACCUAAGACAGGAUAUUUCCCAAAUCAAUGAAGAAGAUUCUUUUAGAGAGGACUGCAGAAAAUUUUUGAAUAAAAUGAAUGCAAACCAAGGAAAAAUAUUUUCUUUGCAAUGCAAAAAUAUACAGUUGAAUGAAAGUACUUAUGUUAUACCUAUGGAAUCUAUAUGUGGCGUUUGGGUUGAUUUUAAUUUACUUGACAAUGUAAUGAGUUGGCAACAGAAAGUUUCUUCAAAUGAUACAUGGGAAGUUAUUACGCUAUUUAGUUCUGAAGUGGAAACAGUAUUUUUAGGUACAUCCCAGGAAACAUUUUUCGUCACAUUGAAUAUAAGUGGAAGUUGUAUUUCUUCCAUCGCAGAAAACCAAGACACUGCGGAUAAAAUUAAAUCUAUAAAUUUGGUAAUAGAAAACUCUGAGAUUGGAGAUGCGUUGAUUAAAGAUAUUUUACCCAAGGUGUUUGGUACAAAGUAUAAAUAUUCUCCAAAAACCGUUGACAUAACUUUUAGUAUGAAUCACAAACCAUUAUUAAUCGAUGUAAGAAAGCGAAGGGAUCGUGAUAGUAAUGAUACCAUUGACGUAAGUCUGACAAGAGGACUAAAUCCAAUUUCUUUUGGUUCCAUUUCUUACGAAAGUUCAGAUAGCAAUAAUUCAAUGAGAUUUUCUGAUACCAAUAAAACAGGUGAAGAAAAUCUCAUCAAUACAGAUGAUCCUAAUUUACCAGGAAUAAUAGAAACUGGAUUGAGAAGCACACAAAUCUUAGCUGGUCGUUGUAGUAAUAAGACUUUCAAUUAUAAAGAAAUCAUUAGAUCUCGAGAACUUUCUCAAGACUCUGACAAUAUUUCUAGAUCAGGUCAUAAUCUAUCGCAAUCGAGUAUGUUUUUUAGUCCAAAAAACGUGAAAGAUACACAAACAGUCUACAAAAUGGACCGCCACGUACUAUCAAAUAUAACUGAACGAUCGAAUAUAGUUUCAUCUCCAAAGGAUAAUAAUAACCAUGGCAAAAUAACAAUCGAUAUCGAGAAAACCCGAGACAAACCUAAGACAUUCACAUUUUCUGAUAUAUUUUCCACAUGUACUGACCAGAAAUCAUCAAAUAAUUUGAAGGAGUUGAAUAAAAGAUCAUCUUUAACAUGUGAAGCUUCUGAAUGUUCAGAAAAUAGAAAAAUACCAUCCUCAAAUACAAAAUCAUUCUUGAAUUACGAGGAGCAAGUGAUAUCUACACUUGAUGCUAUAACAGAAAACAGUCAGCAGAAAAGUUCUUAUGUAGAAGCUUCUGUGAUUGAGAGUUCACAGUUAAAUGAUAAUAAUAAAUUAGGUUCUCAGAAUAAUGUCAAAAAAGGAAAGGAGAGUGGAAAAAAGAGAAAAGAGCUGAGAGAAAUCGAAGAAACUUCUACAAAUGAGCAUGUGCAAAAUAGCUCAUCAUUCACUAGAUCUAGUAAAGAUUCGGAGAAGUUAAACGUGCAUGGACUUGUUAUAUCGGAAACUAGUUUAGAAUCAGAUCAAGUGAAGGAUACCAGCCAAAGAACUACAUUAUCAAGAACAAAAACCUCUGCAUAUAAAGAUCCAGAUUAUGAUAUAAUCGACAAGGAAAAUGAUAUUGGGGCAAAAAAGAAUAACCCCAAGACAUACAAAUUUAGAGGGACCUAUCAAAGUGCAACUGAUUUUGAGGCAGAGGAAGUAUUGGAAACUCAUCACAGCGUACAAAAGAAAUCGAAUAGUAACGCUAAUAAAAUGAAGUCCAAAACCUACACUCUAAAUUAUUUUGAGGAUAUCGCAUCAACUACAAAUUCAAAGAAAAGUUUUAAAUUCCAAAAUGAUGAAAACUCUGAACCGAUCGAUAUUGAUGAAGAUAAAGCUUUAAAAAAUGUUCCUACAAAUCAAAAUAAUGAAGAAACCACUGAAACUUCAGUAAAUGAUCUACUUCUUUCUUCGACAAGUUCGACAAUGUUGGAUAAUGAUUUGAAAGGAAAAAAUUCACGACGUAAAGCGCAUUCUAAAAAAAGAAGAAUAGAAAAUUAUUGCGCGUCUCCCGAAUCCAAAGGACAUGAAAAAAUAUUGAAGAAACAGCGUAAUGAUAUUGUAGAAAUCAUUGAUGAUGAUAAUGUAGCAGAUAAGAAUAAUUCCAUGAACAAUGAAGUGAAUCAAAGAUGGUAUGCAACUGAUUCUGGAAACAAGAAAACUGUAAAACCAAAAAUAAAGAAACUAAUAAUUAGAUUGGAUCGACUUCAAGCGGUACCUAAAUAUCAACAGACCCCUGUGGAGGCAGUACCUUUAUUAUCUUCAAAUGACCAAAACAUUGAAUCUUCCAAAGUGGAUAAAGCAUUUGAUGCUUUAAAAGAACAUCCUGAUACAGUUGUGACUAGUAUCGAACGUACUAUAAGAAAGGAAGAUUCAGCAUCAGUGGAAUCUAAGUACCAGAGUCAAAAACAUAAUGAAUCAACACGUACAGUAGAUCUAAAUGAUCUAACGAGAUCCCAACAAAUACAGAUAUUCCAAGAAAACGAGCAUCAUAAAUUUGUGCUCAAUCAGAAUCGAGAUCGUUCCGAUAAUUCAAAUAUCAGAAAAGAAAAUGAAGAUCAGUUUUCUAAUGAAUUAAACAAGGAUUAUGAAAUUCAAGACAGCAAUAAUUCAACUCAACUUCCAAUUGAAUCAAAAUCUAAAAUUGGAAAACAUCAUGGGAGAAGUUGUAGCAAAAAAAGUCGAGAUAAAAUUGAAAAUCAAACAUUUGACAGCAAGGAAAGUGAUACAAAAUUAAACUCAAAUGAUGUUACAAAAACUUCAAGUGUAGAUCGAAAAUGUAGAAAAUUGGUUGAUGUUAAUUCUGUUCCGCCUCAACCAACUAAAGAAAAACGUGUGCCACUCGGUGAAGACAAAAUCAAAACUAUUCAAAAUGAAGAUAUUCCAAUUGCAUCAUCUUCAGUUAAUGUUAUCGAUCAAGAAAACAACAUUAUUGGGAAUAAUUCCACAUUAAGCUCAAAUGAUGUUACAAAAACUUCAAAAGGUCGAAGACGUAGGAAGUUGUAUGAUGUAAAUUCCGUUCUGCUCCAACCAACUGAAGAAAAACGUGUGCCAAUCGAUGAAGGCAAAAUCAAAACUAUUCAAAAUGAAGAUAUUCCAAUUGCAUCAUCUUCAGUUAAUGUUAUCGAUCAAGAAAACAACAUUAUUGGGAAUAAUUCCACAUUAAGCUCAAAUGAUGUUACAAAACCUUUAAAAGGUCGAAGACGUAGGAAAUUGUUUGAUGUAAAUUCCGUCCUGCCCCAACCAACUGAAGAAAAACGUGUGCCAAUCGAUGAAGGCAAAAUUAAAACUAUUGAAAAUGAAGAUAUUCCAACUGCAUCAUCUUCAGUUAAUGUUAUCGAUCAAGAAAACGACAUUAUUGGGGAUAAUUCCACAUUAAGCUCAAAUGAUGUUACAAAAACUUCAAGAGGUCGAAGACGUAGGAAAUUGUAUAAUGUAAAUUCCGUUCUGCUCCAAUCAACUGAAGAAAAACGUGUGACAAUCGAUGAAGGCAAAAUCAAAACUAUUCAAAAUGAAGAUAUUCCACCAGCAUUAUCUUCGGUUGAUGUUAUCGAUCAAGCAAACGACAUUAUUGGGGAUAAUUCCACAUUAAGCUCAAAUGAUGUUACAAAAACUUCAAAAGGUCGAAGAUGUAGGAAGUUGUAUGAUGUAAGUUCCGUUCUGCCCCAACCAACUGAAGAAAAACGUAUGUCAAUCGAUGAGGACAAAAUUAAAACUAUUGAAAAUGAAGAUAUUCCAAUUGCAUCAUCUUCAGUUAAUGUUAUCGAUAAAGAAAACGACAUUAUUGGGAAUAAAUCCACAUUAAGCUCAAAUGAUGUUACAAAAACUUCAGAAGGUCGAAGACGUAGGAAGUUGUAUGAUGUAAAUUCCGUUCUGCUCCAACCAACUGAAGAAAAACGUGUACUAAUUGAUGAAGACAAAACCGAAACUAUUGAAAAUGAAGAUAUUCCAUGUACAGUUUUUUCAGAUAAUGUUGUCAACGAAAUAAUUCAGGAUAAUACAAAAUUGAAUUCAACUGAUAUUAAAACACCAAGCGGUCGAAGACGAAGCAAACUGUACGUUGUUACAUCCGUUCUGCCCCAAUCAACUGAAGUAAAACGCGUGCCAAUUGAUGAAGACAAAACCGACACUAUUGAAAACAAAGAUAUUCCAUUUGCAGCUUAUAUAGAUAAUGUUGACAAUGAAAAGAAUGAAAUAAUUGAUGAUAUUACAAAACUGAACUCAAAUGAUGCUAAACAAACUUCAAGUACUAGUCAAAGACGUAGAAAAUUGUUUGAUGUUAAUUCCGUUUUGCCCCGACCAACUGAAGAAAAACGUGUGUCAAUUGAAAACGAAGGAAUUCCAUUUGAUUUAUCUUCAGUUAAUGUUACUGAUAGAGAAAAUGACAUUAUUGCACAUCAUUCAAAAUUAAGCUCCAAUGAUAUUACAAAAACGUCAAGUGUAGAUCAAAGAGGUAGAAAAUUGUUCGAUGUUAAUCCUGUGCUAUUUCCAUCAGUUGAAGAAAAAUUUGUGUCGAUUGAUGAAGAUAAUGUCGAAACUAUUGAUAACCAAGAUCUUCCAUCGUCUUCAGUUAAUGUUAUUGAUCGAGAAAAUGACAUUUUCGAAGAUAACAUAGAGCUAACUUUGAACAAUCUUAGAAAAACUAUAAGUAUGCGCCGAAAAGAAGAACUAUUGGUUGAAGCAUCUCCGCCUCAUGAAGGUAAAGAAAAAACGGAAGAUCAUACGAAACUCUUUUCAAAGGACCCUAUGAAGACUUCAAGUGUAGGUCGAAAACGUAGAAAAUUGUUAAAUAUUAGUUCAAUGUCGUUUCAACUAACUGAAGAAGAAAAAAAAAUUGAAACAUCAAUUGAUGAAAACGAAAAUAUUGUAGAUCCGCCAAAAAAACCAAGGAAGGAUCUCGAUAACAAUGAAAAAUUUGAUUGUGGAUACAUAAAAAUUUUUUCAAGUGGAUUAAUUUCACCGUUAAAAGGCAUGAGUAAAUCUAAGAAAAACUUCAGUACUUCCACAAAAUUAGAGACCAAGAAAAAACGUAAAUCUCAAUUUUAUGUGACGUAUAGUGAAAUAGUUGCAGAACAAGAAGCAUUUAAAAGAAAAUGCAGAAAUUUAGUACGUGCUCAAAAAAUGAGCAUUGACGAAUUUUACAAACGAAAGGCUAAACGUAAAGAAAAACAUUUUAUAGACGACUCUAGAGAAAAGAAAUUGUUUAAAGUUAGACCUAUUACUAGUAAAAAUUAUGAUUUGUCCUUUUCACCGAAACCUGGUGAAUGGGAUGAACUUAAAAGUAUUCUUGAAUUUGAUCGCCGAAAGACUAUUAGAGCAGAAAAGUCUGCAAAGAAUUACUCAAAAAAUAGUGAACAAUCCAGAAGAAAUACUUCUCCGAAAAAUAGUUCUAAAGAGAAAAGGCGUGAAGAGGGACUUCACAAUAAAAAAAUUAAUAUCAUAUCGAACAUAUGCAUAAAACGAGCAAAUGAAAUUCCAUUUUCUAAAAUUACAAAUUGUGAAGAACAGGAACAAUCCACAGAAUCUGACAAAAUCGAGGAAAAAGUUUUUAAGGAGUUGAAAGCCCCCUCGAAUAAUAUAGUUGCUCCAUGGUCUGCCCGCGCGUUUUUUAAUAAUGAAUUCAUAACUAUCGAUUCCGAUGAUUACAUUGGAAAAUAUUUGCUGAUAUUCUUCUACCCGUUCGAUUGUGGUGUUCUACCAGACGUUUCGCCCUCCUCGGAAAUAGAAUAUUUUCAAAAACAUUUUGAACAAUUUCAACAAUUGGAUAUACAUAUUUUAGGCUGCUCUGUAGAUUCUAUAUAUACUCAUAAAUUAUAUAUAACACAGCUGUUAUGUAAAAAUGAAUCUAUAGAUAAAAUAUCAUUUCCAUUAAUAGGAGAUUCUGGCUUUAAGAUCUGCAAAAUUUUUAAUGUGAUAUAUCCCAAUAAAGAACAUUCCUACAGGGCAUUGGUAAUUAUUAAUCCCGAAGGUAUAAUUAUUAAAAAAGUCAUUGUCAAUAUCAAAAACGAAAUUUUAUUGACGAAUGUUUUAGAUUUUAUUCGCUCACAAAAAAAUUCACGGUAGUUCUGUUUUACAAAUUCUAUACUUUUAUUUUAAUUAUAAAAGUUGAAUAGAUUAUAUUUGAUUUUUAAAAA